CAACCGUCUUCAACUGCCUAUCUGUUCAAGCCAGCCACACCAGAAAUGCCGCUCUAUCAGCUCACUCUCGCAGCAUUCGUGGUGCUCAGUGCGCCAGUACUGGGGCAACUUGGGCCACCUUGCUCGGAGGAUAGCGACUGCUCAGUGAAAGAAAUUUGCUUCUCUCUGGACCCAGAUGCUAUGGGCAACUGCAUUCCUGAUCCAGAAGCUGCAGAUUUGCCAGAACCAACACCAGGGGCAGGCUCGGAUACGGGUUCAGGAACAGGCUCGGGAACAGGUUCAGGCACAGGCUCAGAUACUGGCUCCGGUUCUGGCACAAGCACCACCCAGUUUCAGCCACCCCGUAAGUUUUCUUAUCGUCAAACUGCAAAGAUGCUUGAUCAACAGCUUUGUAAGUGCUGCUGUGACAGCUCAGGCUUGUAG